GUCUCUAGCAAGUGUUUCCCCGAACAUGGCGGACGGUGCUCAUUCGAAUUUUCAAGGGACACAAUGAAAGUGCAAAGAGUUCGCCGCGGUGAUGUCCAUGACUAAGGGCGUGUGGUGAUCCUGAGGGUGGCCGACGUGGGUGCCCAGGCGACGGCGUGAUCGUUACGGCUGCAUGCGUGCCGGCGUGUCGUCGUCCUGAGUUCCCGGGAUAGAAUUUUGCCGCGCCGCGAUUGUGUGUUUCGGAGCGACCGACCGUGGCGGGGCCCCCAUGGUUGUAAAUGGCUGACGGGAUUCGGAAAAUGAGGCCCGUACGUCGCGUGUGAUUCCACGGCUAAGACACUGAGGUUUUCGCGAUACGUUUUCGAGUCUUUUAACGUCUUUAUCGCCGAUCGUAAUGGAUGUAAACGAAUGAUUCGCCGGACGACGAUCUAUUUUGCACAUUUCUGUGGAUCAAGCAUUAUGUGUACGUGCAUAAACAGGGUAGAAAAUGUCAGAGCCAGAAGAAAGUCUGGCAGCGCCCGAUAGCACUACGAGGGAACAAAAGUUGAGUUUCUCUCAUGGAGACGAUGUUCUUCUACAACAUAAGGAUGGGAAAUAUUAUCUUGGAACAGUUGUUGAGGUGGACUUGGCGAGGGAAAGAUGCCUUGUCAAAUUUAUGGACAAUACCUCCUCCUGGUCUUCGGUCAAGGAGCUGACAAAGUUAUCAAUGCCAGACUCCGAUGUUAUGUGUGUUCUGUGUAAAAAAUCUCAGCCUAAGACUGAUAAUGACAUUAUUGUUUGCGACAAAUGUGGUCGUGGUUAUCAUCAGCUUUGUCAUCAGCCUCAGAUAUCAAAAGAAGAAACUGCAGCCGAGGCACAUUGGAUGUGUAAAAGAUGUGUAGAUAGUCAACCACGGACAAGAGAACUUGUGGAACCAAAAACUUCUAUGGUAAAGGCAAGUAUUAGAAAAGUAUGCAGUGGAAGAGAUCAACCUCAGCCGCCACCAGAUGAUAUGACAAAGUUGCCGUACGAUCCUAAUAUGUUAAGUUGGGAUGCACAUCAUAGAGUAAAUGCUGAACAAAUUUAUUGUUAUUGUGGGCUCAAUGGAGAAUGGUAUACACAAAUGCUACAGUGUGCUCGUUGCAAACAGUGGUUUCAUGAAAAGUGUGUCAGUUGUCUAACUUAUCCUUUAUACAGUGGAGAUAGGUUUUACGUUUUUGUUUGUUCAAUGUGCAAUUAUGGAAAAGAGUUCGUACGGCGACUAGAAUUAAAAUGGGUAGAUCUGGUGCACCUGAUGUUGUACAAUUUGACUGUUUACAAUGCUAAAAAGUAUUAUGAUUUGGAUACUGUUAUUGUACCUUAUGCAAAUGAUAAUUGGAAUACUUUACAGCUUCCACCACGGAUCAGAGAUGUCAGUGCUCAAAUACGAAGAGAAUCUAUAUUAGCAAUACUGACAAAUAAUAGGAACAGGUUUAAAUGUGGCAGAGAAAUAAAGAAACGUACUACGAUAUGGGGGCUUAGAGUUAGAUUGCCACCACCAUGCCCAAUUGUUAAUCUUCCAGCAAGUGGUGUAAUAGACGACUCUGUGUUACGUAGUUGCUGGGGUGCUAAUAAAAGACUGCAAUACCUUCCUCCACCUACAGGACCGAUAAGUUUACCAGAGAGUACAAAACAAUUGACUUCAUUAAAACAAAGCACAGCAGAGAAUUUAGAAAUUCCUGUGAAUCCAUCAGAUGUGGUAAUGCGUGGAACAAUUUAUCAAAAUUCUGAAGCGGAGCAAAGUUCUUGUCCAAGUCCAAGCCCACCAAGUCAGUUCACACAAUCACUAAGAGAAAGGUAUAGUGGAGGUGGAUUUGUAAAGAAAUCAUUUCCAUUCCCUAAAUUGAGUUUACAAAGAAGAAGACGUUUGAUGGCAUUAGGCAGUUCACGAGAAAGAAUGUUACGUAAACACAAGAAAAGAGAGAAAGGUGAUGGUUCUCUAAGUAAAGCUCAGGGUGUUAGAGAAGCUAGAUACAGGAAAGCAAGAAAAUUACUAAAAAAUGCUAUAGCCAAGAGCAAGUCUCGAAGUUCAGAAGCAUCGGAUUUACCACCGACGCCUCCGACUUCGGUUUCUGGGCCUCCCACACCGCCGGCUACGACUUCCGGAAUAUCUGAAUUAUCUGUGCCUAGUUCUGUGGAAUUGAUGCAUCCUUUACCACCAUCAACCUCUGCGGACACAAGUGGGGAUGAGACAAGUUCAAGGGGAACACUGGAUUCUUUUAUACCACCGCCCAAAGAUUUUGAAGGCAAGAAUAAUCCAUUUAGAAAUCUCAGUGAAUUAUUGGGUACGCCUGGCAAUCUCAGUCAAACGAAUUCGAGUACACCAUCACCAUAUAAUCCAUGUCCGAUCACGUUACCUCUGCCGCUUACUCCUGUUAUAUCGCAACCGCCGGUAGUACGACCAGCUAAAAGGCAAUUAUCAGAGAAAGACAUCAUUAUAGAUAGAAACGGGCAAGUGAAACGUAGGCGGCAGCAUCGAAGAGGUCGCCCGUCGCAACAGCAAUUGCAACAACAGUUUCAACACACUGGUAGUAAAACGGCGACCAUUUUACCGGCGCGCAACAACGAGGUUAAAAGUGAAUUUGCAAGGAAUUUAAGAAGUUCGUUUAACGGUGCCUCGAGCAGUGCUAGUAGUCAAAUUGGAAAUUGUGUUGAUUAUGCCUUAAACGGUAGGAGACUGAGACAACGUCAGAGCAACGAGAAAUUGUCGCCUCCGGAUACGCAGCAGCAGAAGAAGGGUAGCGUGCCCACAUCCCCAAAGUGUUCGCCAGUGAAACAAAGUGCACCCGACAUAUCUCUGGAUGAUCUAAAGUCAUCGGUGAACAUAUAUUUUGGAGCGGCCAACAGAAUCGCAGCGGGCGAGAAGUUCGUCAUCAAAGCGAAGAGGAUAGGCCCGAAUGGCCAGACUCAGUAUCUCAUCGAGUGGGAGGGACUUAAUACUUAACAAUAAGAAAUUUGUUUACGGUUAAAUGUAUUGCGAUCGUAUACAAUUUCUGUUGGCAUCGAGCGAAAGGCAGCGAUCAACUGCUGAUCCUCUUUCUUUUCUUUUCUUUUUUGAGGUAACUCUAAGUUUAAAGAAAGAAGCAACCUAGUGACAAAUUGAUCUGUGUCACAUGCACUGCCAUUCGUUACAUACAGUGGGCCACAAAAUUAUUC